UUCAAUAUAUUUCAUUUAGCCAACACAUGUAUUGUAGAUGUGAUAGUUCAAGAAGACAUGGAUUAUUUUCAUUUGUAUUUUCUUUGUUUUAUUUGGUACACGUAUGUUCAAGCAACGGUAGAAGAGAGCGAUGUACCUUGUUUUGAAACUUUCUGCAAUUGUAGUAGGAAACAUUGUACCGCAAAAUGUAAACUUUUAGGAUUCAUUCCAAGACUACCAAGUUACGUAGUGAAACUGGAAUUAGAAAACAAUUUCCUAUCUCAUAUCAACAUGGACACAUUUCGAAAUGUUUCGAAAAAUAACUUAACUAGUUUGAUAUUCAGGAACAACUCGAUAGAAGACUUUACUGUAGAUUCAUUUCAGGAGUUGAUUUAUCUCGGAAACUUAGAAAUAUCAUACGAAAGGAAAUUAAAUGUUUCGUCCCUAAAAAUGUCCUUUCGAAGUUUAAAUAAAACUUUAUUUGACACUAUGAGAUUUAGGAACAAUGCAUGGACAAUGCUUCCGAUAGACUUCUUUUCUAAUUUAAGAAACUACACCAUGAAUAAACUAUACAUUAACGAAAAUACAUUCAUGAAUUUUAAUUGCAGUCUUUUGUCGCAUUUUUCAACGAUACAUAAACUCAAUGUUGGUAGAAAUGAGAUCUUAUUCUUAUAUGCACGUGGUUUACACUCAGUUACUAAUCUUACGUUAUCCGCUAAUAACAUAUUUGAGAUUCCAAAUUUUUGUGCAAAUGAAGCAGGAGAGUCUUUAGUGCCUAAGUUAUCUCGCCUGGAUCUGACAGAUAACGCAAUUCGUAAACUACUGACAACGUCUUUCAAUUGUCUAGAUAACCUUAAACAUCUUAUAUUGGACAAAAACCGUCUAACGGUUUUAGAAAAUGACAUUUUUUCCCGUCUUUCAAAUUUGAAAAUACUUUGGAUAAAUAGGAUGUGCCAUCUGUCAAUUGUUAAACCAAGGGCAUUUAGAAGCCCCUCUAUGACAGAAUUAAUGUUUGGUUACAAUAGAUGUCAUUUCAAGACUGAACUGUUCCAACACGUACCAAGUCUUAAAAAAUUAGAUUUAACAAAUCAUUAUAUAUCAAGCAGUCCUAAUAUACUUUGGAAACUCUUGUAUCCAUUGUCAAAUUUGACAGUACUGAUUUUACAAGCAUCACGCAUAAAAAUAUUGCCGGACAGAUUAUUUCAGCAGAUGCCAUUUUUACAAACCCUGAAUCUGAAAGGUAAUAGAAUCGUUACCUGGAGUCGAGAUGUAUUUGAAAAUCUAACAUCCUUAAGACAUUUAUAUUUGGAUGGAAACUACAUAAGGGUUAUUAAUGAAUCAUCAUUUCCGAUCCAGCUAUUGCGGUCGUUAAAUAUACUUGAUAUAUCCCAUAAUGAUUUCUGGUGUACAUGUGGUCAGAGAUGGUUUGUUGAGUAUUUGCGAUCCUCAAAUAUUUCUAAAAUAAUGACGAAUUGGCCAAAGUACUACUCGUGCGUAUACCCAGACGACAAAAAAGGCCUUCUUCUUAAAGAUUAUAAACCCACAGACGCUGAAUGCUCAACAUGGAGUCCAAUUUUUACGAUAGUCAUUGUUACGGUUGCAUCAAUUUUUAUUGUUACUUGUGUGUUAGUUAUUAUGUUUAGCUGUAAUACAAACAUUCGAAAUUUAAUAUACCUUAUUCGGGUAAAAAAAUGGAAGAGAAAAGGGUACAUCAGAUUUAAUUCUUCCGAAAGCUGUGAAUACGAUGCUUUUGUCAUAUACUGUGAUUCAGAUCGACAAUGGGUCCAUUUAGAGCUCCUUAAACGCCUAGAAGAAAUUGGCUUGAAAGUUUGCGUUCACCAACGAGAUUUUGAAAUUGGAGAAUCUAUAACAGACAACAUUACUAAGUAUGUCGGCAAAAGUUGGAAAAUUAUUGUUGUUAUGUCGAAUAACUUUACAAAAAGUGAAUGGUGUCAAUGGGAACUUGACCUUGUACAAGAAAGAAGGCGACGCCAUGGGAAAGACGCACUUAUUCUUAUAAUGCAUAGUCAAAUAGAUUCAAGUCACAUGACCAAUUCUAUCAAGUCUUUACUUGACACAACACCACAUCUGCAAUAUCAAAAAGGAUUAGGCGAAGAUCUGUUUUGGUCUGCCAUUAUGAAAGCUGUUAGGAAACCAUUAAAACAUCCUCCUGUAUCAAUUCUGUAGAUUCAAAAGCAUUUUCUAAAACCGUUUAAAAAAAAAAAAAAAAACUUAAUCAGGAAAAAGCGAUGAUUAACUUAUUUUUUUAACCUAUAAUGUGAAAUCAAACAAACAUAGAAAAGUUCAGUUGCACGAGGUCGCCAUCUAUUUAUAUUUAUGAAAUUGAGAAUGGAAACGGGAAAUGUGUCAACGAGACAACAACCCCACCAAAGAGCAGAAAACAGCGGAAGGCCACCAAUGGGUUUUCAACACAGAGAGAAAAUCCCGCACCCAUAGGAGGGAUUCAGCUGGCCCCUUAAAAAUGUAUACUAGUUCAUGUUUAUCGGGUUAUGUGACCGUCGGCAGUCUUCGGAGGUCAUCUGGAUUGUUAAUUAGAUGGCGUUUAGACUAUAAUGCACACGAAAUGCUUAUAUAUAUUAUCGAGUCCAUGCAUUGUUUAUUGGUUAUUUCCAACUUUGUUAUUUGGAUAGACGUUUAAGUAUGUUAUAAAUCAAAUAUGAGAAUUUGAGUCGAGUCAGUGAACAUUAAUUUGACAGCUAAUGCCCCUUUAAAUUACAUAUUUUUCAUGCCAGCAACUUUAUCUGAUUGAUUAAUUGUCGUUUGAUGUACGUCCAGUUGCAAAUAUUUCAUGCAUGUUCGGGACGAGAACAAAUUAAUAAUACAUACAAUAUCUAAGGACAUUAAUAGUGGUCCACCGGAUAGAUGGCAAAAUGUUUGCCUUUCAACAUACCACCUAUACCCCUCUCAGAGAUUCUUUAACGUGCUGAAGGCAUGAAACACUUUCAACACGAGACGUCGAAUUAAGUGCUCCCUUUCAGACCGAACGUGGCUACCAAUAUAUACAUCCCACACAACAAAACGGACGCCCCAUUUUGUCAAGGGUUUUACUGCUAGUCGGAAGAACAAAAGUAACCAUAUUUAUUUACGACGGUCAGCUUGGGUGUCGGCCACUAGAUACAUUUGUAUCAGACAACUGUGUCCUACUACUUACCCAGACCAAUUCCAGUAUGCACAUCGCUUUUCCAAUCACCAGGAAGCUACUAGUCGUGAACAAACUUGUCUAGAAGCAAAAAGAUGAUUGACGCAUGUGAUUUAUAAAUUCAAUUAUAACAUAAUUAGUAGAACUUUUUUUUUCUUGCAACUAGUCAUUUUGGUUUUGUGUCAUUGUAAGAUUAAUUUGCAUUUUUCUCGACACAUGUCUUUUGGUUUUUCAAUUUUGUUGUUUUUUCAAUUGUAUUUAAAAAAAGGAGGGAAAUUACAUUAUCCCAUUUUUCAAGUUCAUGUCGCAGAAAUAUUAAGUUCCUAUGUAAUGGUUGUUGACUUUUGAUUUGCUUUUUAACCAUUGUUUCAUCUGUCCUUUCUUACACACGAUACUCGUCAUAUAGUUUUAAAUUUCCCUCUAGCAUUUUUGUAAUUCUAUCAAGAUCAACUAAUGCAAACAACAUGUGCCUGCAUGCCCCAAGUGAAAAGCAUCGUCUAUCUGAUGCCAAUUUUUUGUACUAAUGAUAUUUACUGUUAUGGAAUUUGUAGGAAUGACGUAUUAUCGCUUGGAUUCAUUCACAAUUUUCCGGACUUCGAAAUUAAAAGCUGAUGGUGUCAUUUAUCCUUUACUAUAUGUAGCCCUCGAGAUGCUUUGAAAGGUUUUAUGCCGACGGUUUUCCUCCCAUAUGUUAAUUUUCCGAUUCAAUAUACUCGUUGCAACACUCUCGCCUCGAGCGCUUGCGGUUAUAGGGUCUAUUUUUGGCUUAAAGUUUAAAAGUUUUAAAAGGUAAAGAGUGCUUUGCAGUAGCCUACAUAACGUCAACAUGAAGCAAAGCAAUCAUUAUUGAUAAGGAAUAUAUUAUUACAGUAUAAGUUUCAAUAUUUAAUAUGUUCUCCCGUCUGUGACAUGGUCCCUAUUCUACAUCUCCUUUGAGCAAUAAGAACCUUAGCCACAUUAAUAAGGCAACCAAUCAGAACCGAUAUGUGUUAGGUAAUAAUAUCAAGAUGGCAUUAAAAUCGAAUGAAAUUAAAAGCUUUGCACCGUGAUAUGAAACAAAAAUUUUUUAUUAAUUGCUUAGAGAUUAUUGUGCAAUACUCUUUGUGCCUGCGUUGUAAAAACCCGUAAGUUUUGUCUAUACUUUGUAGUGAAAAACGUGUUUCAAUUAUGAAUUUCAAACUCAGUUGCAUGUUAGGGUUAGAACAUAUGGUUUCCGAAUUUGAUAAUACUUAGGGUUAGAGAAGAAUCAUUAACCAAUCCUAUAUCGUGCAUUGUUUGAUCUAACCAACUCAUUUUGUAAGAGUAACACGAAGGGUGUCACAUGUGACUACCAACAAAAGUGCACGUUUUAUUUUGUAUGAUAAAUACAAAAACGAUAGAUAGAUCAUAGAUUGGAUAUAAUAAAUGAAUUAGAUACA